AUGUCGAAGAAAUUUGAUCCCGAGACGGCCGAGAACUUCGAGGAUAUGGAGAAGCAGUUCGCGGUUAAGGCCGUCGAACAUCUGAUGACCUAUUGGUCGAUUCUUGAGAAGGUCCCAGGCUCGCAGCUUCGGCUGACAAGGAUGGAUAACGAGAUCUACGAGAGCUUCAUGAAAGAAUUCCCCGACUUCGAUCCCACCGCGACCCUCAACGAGGACGAAAUGAAGAGCAAGGCGGGCAAGGAGAAGUGGCGCAACUGGAUGAAGCAGUACGAGAAAACGGUUGACGACUUCAACUUCGGCACUAUGCUGCGCUCGAACCCCAAGUUUGAAUACGACCAGGAAACUACAAUCUUUGCCGUGCGCAUGCAGUUCUAUGCCGUUGAAAUCGCCAGAAACCGUGCCGGUCUUAAUGACUGGAUCUAUGAGCGCGCUCAGAAGGGAAAGUCCAGCUCGUAA